AUGAAACCUAAAAGAUACAAAGUGCAAUGCUGCGAAUGUAAAUCUGUGUUUAACAAUGAUUUUAAAAGUCAACAUGAAAAAGUUAAACAUGGUGGAAAAAGAGUAUCCAUACAAAAUAUUGGGGCGCCUGCAAACCCAUUUGAGGCUGCGUUAAAGAAACGGAAAUAUGAGGCAGAAACAGAAACUAUAAUUGAGGCUACUUCUACUGCUUCUGACACCGAUUCCGUUCGAAUAAGCUCUAACGAUAGCCCCUACAAAAAGAUCGAUGGGAGUGAAAAUACUGAUGUUAGUGAAAAUAUGGACCUGAAUAUGCCAAGUGCCAGUACUACCAUCCCCAGUGAUAUAGACGUGGAACCAGACGUAAUCUCUAUAAAUACUGACGAUGAAGCAACCCAAUGCUUAUCAAACACUAUUUCUUCUGAUCAACCAGGUGAAGAAAAAUCUUUUAUAUCACUGUUAGGAAAAUUUUCGUAUCUGUUAGACUCUUUAAAUGAAAGCAAAGGGCUGUUAGAAAAAUAUCAUAAAUCAGAAAUUUUAGAUGAAAAAAUGACUACAAUUGAUAUGUUAAAUUCCGUGACAGAACUUAGGCAGAAUUGCAACUCAAUAAUAGAUAUUGCCAAUGAAGUGCUAGCAAAUUUAAACAAAGAUAAUAUUUCUUUUGAAAUUGAUGACCAAAAUAGUCUUUCUGAUAAUAUAGUAAAUCAUGAUCCUGCAAUGCGCCCUUCUAAGUUAAGUACCAAUCAAAAAAACUAUCUUAUUCGUUUGGGACCCCAUCAACCUCGCUUAGCGGCAUUUCCAUCAGAUGGAAAGAAUAGGUUUAAUGCCCAAUGGUAUAAUGAAUUUGAAUUUUUAGAAUAUAGUACCAUAAAUGACUCUGUUUUCUGUUUUGUUUGCUGCUUAUUUCCAAAGGGUAUAGGGCGGGAAAAAGGGGAAAGCUCUUGGGUUGAAGGAGGUGUAAAUGGGUGGGGAAAAAUGAAAAGUGCUGGAAAAAAUAAACUGGGCAAACUUCAACAACAUUUUUCAUCCAUGGCUCAUAAAGCGGCAUUGUCCGAUUAUUGUAAUUUCUUGAUUACAGAAAGGCAUAUUGAUGUUUUCCUAGAUAAAAAUAAGAGAAAUACAUUAAUCGAACAAGAGAAAAUCCAUAGUCAAAAUAAGAGAGUUUUAUGGGUUUUAAUGGAUACAAUCAGAACAUUAGGCAUUCUAGGAUUGGGUUUUCGAAAAUCUGAUUCGGCUUCCGAAGGAAAUUUUGGACAAAUUGUAAACCUUAUAUCAAGACAUAACAGUGUCGUGAAACAAUGGUUUGACGACAGAAAAUUGCGCCCUUAUCAUGUGACAUACAUGAGUGGUGAAUCUCAAAAUGAAAUGAUCUCUUUAAUUGGAUCAGAGGUACGUAGUUUGAUAAUUGAAGAAAUUAAAGAAUGUUUAUUUUUUUCGAUAAUGGCUGAUACGACACCUGAUUUAUCCCAUAAGGAUAUACUCUCCCUGGUAAUACGUUAUGCCGACAAUAAGGGUAAUAUUCACGAAAGGCUUAUUAAGACCUUUGAAUGUUGCGAUAAAUCCGGACUGGGUAUGGCCGAGUUGUUAAUUAAAUGCCUAAGUGAGUUGGAAAUAGAUAGUUCUAAACUUGCUUUUCAAUCAUAUGAUUUUGCUAGUAACAUGUCCGGUCGUUUUAAUGGCGUACAAAAAAAAAUUACAGAUAUCGUCGAGCACAAUGUACCUUACAUUCCCUGUCAAGAUCACAGGACUAAUACAGUGCUUGAACAUGCUUGUAACGUAAGUGCAUUGAUUAGAAACUUUUUUGACACUCUUGAAGAACUUUACGUAUUUUUUACAUCAAGCACAAAAAGAUUUAAACACCUGCAAGAAAAAAUACAAGAAAUAGAUAAAUCAGUUCAACUUAAAAACCUUUCAAGAACCAGAUGGACUGCAAAGGCAGACUCAGUCAGAGCUCUUAACCAAACAGUAGAUCAAAUUAUUGAAGUUCUAUCAGACAUUUCCAAAAAUAGAGAAUUUGAUGGUUCUACAAGAACUAAAGCAUUGGGACUUUACAAAAAGAUUUUAAAUUUUGACUUCAUAGCUAGCUUCUUUUUUCUAAAAAAUAUUUUACCAAAAAUUAAAAUUUUAACUGAAACGAUAGAAACACCUAAUUUAAAUAUAAUAGACUGCAUUAAUUUGAUAAAAACUACUGCCCUUAAUUUAAGAAAUACCGAUUAUGACCAUAACAGUUUAAAUAGUCUAAUUGAAAGUGCCAUAAAAUAUGCCGAAAAAUUAAAUAUUGAUCCUUAUUCUGAUUUUUCGAAAUAUCAUAGACGAAGGAUUAUGCCAAAAAAAAUUGAUGAAAAUCGUGACACUGAAGUCGAUAUGGAUUUAAAAACUUUUUAUAGGCGAGAUUUCCAGGAAAUUUUGGAUACCUUAUCAAGUGGUUUAAAUGAUAAUUUUGAGCAUAUCAAAAAAUCAAUUGAGCCACUGUAUUCAGUUUUAACAUUUCCACUUGAUAAAAGAAAUAUUACCUUAAAGAUUUUAGGUGACAUUUUUGCCAUGUUUCCUCCAGGUUCUAAGAAGCCUGAUGUCCAUUCUUUACAAGGUGAAUUAGAAGUUUUAUUUGAUAUGAACUCUAAAGUAAGUUCUUUUCCUGAACUAUUAUCUAAUGUAACCAAGUUAAAAGAUAAUUUAAAUCAAGCAUUUUGCUUUUGUAUGUUUGUAUUGACUGUACCCUAUGGUGUUUCAACCAACGAAAGGAGCUUUAGUCAAUUAAAAAUUAUUAAAAAUGUGUUAAGAACAACAAUGUCUGAUGAACGGCUUGAUAAUUUAAUGCUAUUAAAGUGUGAAUCUGACAUGGCGUUAAAAUUAGAUUUAGGUUACACAAUUGAUAAGUGGGCAACUCUAAAGAAAAGGCGAAUAAUUUUAAAAUAA